AUGAAACCGUCUACACAAUUUGUCUGGACUGAUGAUUUGAACCGGCUAAUCAACUCGUCAAAGGAUGUCAUCAUACAGGAGAUGAAGGAAGGAAUGCGUCUGUAUGACCCUGACCGAUCGACUUGCUUGGCCACUUACUGGCCUGUUGAUGGAAUAGGGUUCUUCUUGAUGCAGAAGUACUACCAGUGUACCGCCAAGAUUCCUGCCUGCUGCCUUGAUGGUUGGAAGCUGUGUCUAGUUGGCAGCAGGUUUUCACAUCCAGCAGAAAGCUGCUAUGCUCCUAUUGAAAGCGAAGCCUUGACUAUUGUUACGGACAUAAGUAAUAGACGACUUCUUAACCUCAAUGAGAAAACAAACUCUUGGGUGACAACAAUAUUCGGGUCGGACGCCUACAGAGUGUUUAUUAACACUCGGCUACUAUUGUACAUUCUGGCAAUCCCUGUCUUCCUGUCAAUUGGUACUGCCUAUGUCUUCUACAUCAUAGGACUUUGGUGCUUUGUAGCAUUUGCAACAUUUCUGUUCGCCUACACGAUACAGAUUGGCGAUAGAGGAACAACCCUAAGUGGCGGCCAGAAACAGCGCGUCAGCCUUGUACGUCCAGUCUAUAGUCAAAGCGACAUAUGUCUCCUUGACGACCCGCUGUCUGCCGUUGAUGUCCAUGUCGGGCAACACCAUUGUUUUGGUGACUCACCAACUACAGGUCUAAGGUUUCGAUCUGCAAUUCUGGGAAUGACGUAUAAAAAACUCAUGAAGUUAAAGAGUAUGAAUGGGAGGAUUGCGUCUGAGGUGAUAACCAUAUUUGGGUCGGAUGCCUACAGAGUGUUUAUCAACACCCAGGUACUAGUGUACCUUCUGUCAAUCCCUGUCUUCCUGCUAAUCGGAACUGCCUAUGUCUACUACCUCAUAGGGCUUUGGUGCUUCGUAGCAUUUGCAACAUUUCUCUUUUUCUACACAAUACAGAUACGAAAGAUGAGUGAAGUUCUCGCUAGCAUGAAAUUACUAAAAAUGUAUGCGUGGGAGGAAUCGUUUGAAAAUUCAAUCAGGGGCAUUCGGGAAACGGAAACCAGGCCAAUGUUACAAUCGUCAAUAUUGAAUCUGAUUUCCAAUGCUAUCAUGCCAAUCACCCCAUCGCUUGCCACCGUAGCCACCAUAGCCAUGUAUGUAAACGCAGGAAAUAAGCUGACAGCGUCGACGGGUUUUUCUAUUGUUGCCACACUCGGCUUUCUACGGGGUGGCCUGUUUUAUGUUCCGUAUGCCGCUCGGAUACUUGGAGAAACCAUAAUCAGUUUUAAAAGAAUAAAGCGUUUUAUGUUGGAAGAAGAAUUCAAGCCGCCGGGUCGAAAUAUCGAGAGACCGGGGAAUGCCAUUGAGCUUUGUGAAACGGUGUUCAUGUGGGAAAGCGAUAACAACAACGAACCACACAACCUUGAGUCUAAAGAAAUGAAGCGUCCCUCGACGAAGGCAUCCUCCUUUGUACUACGGAACAUCGAUAUCACAGUCAGUAGGGGGAAGCAUAUUGGAGUAUGUGGUACUGUCGGCUGUGGGAAGUCGUCUCUGAUGCAAGCGAUGAUUGGAAGGAUGGCGCUGAUUACCGGACAUUUAGCUGUGGAUGGUACAGUGGCGUACGCGGCACAACAGGCCUGGAUAUUCAACGGAUCAUUGAUGGAAAACAUCCUGUUCGGAAACCCGUAUAAACAGGACUGGUAUAUAAAGGUUUUAGACGCAUGCAACUUGGAACCUGAUCUCCGACAAUUGCCCAAUGGUGACGCUACUGAGAUUGGCGACAAAGGAAUAAAUCUUAGCGGCGGUCAGAAACAGCGCGUGAGUCUUGCACGUGCUGUCUAUAGUCAAAGCGACAUAUAUCUCCUUGACGACCCGCUGUCUGCCGUUGACGUCCAUGUCGGGCAACACCUGUUCCACAAAUGCAUUGAUAAAGUUUUGAAGGAUAAAACCGUUGUUUUGGUGACUCACCAACUACAGUAUUUAAAACAAUGCGAUGACAUUUACGUAAUGGAUGAUGGUAAAAUAGCGCAACACGGAACCCACGAGUCGUUGUUGGCCGAUAACGGACACUACACAAAGCUGAUGGAACAGUUCAAUUCCAAGAUGGACUAUACUAGUGUGAUAGACGAUGAACAUCUAGCGGAAUCUAACGAAGAUCUAGAAUCGGUUGAAUUUCCGACAAAUGAGCAACAGAUCGAUUCUUCAGUAUCCGUCAGCUGUGACGAUAAUUAUGAAAAAGGUAUACUUACAAUCGGAGAGACGUCAAAAGCUGGCGAAAUAAGUAUGGAAGCAUACAUGAGCUACGUUCGUGCAGCAGGAGGCAAGAUAGUGGCAGUUGGUGUGUUCCUGCUGUAUGUUUGUUCCAUUUCUUCAGUCACGUUCAGUGACUGGUGGCUUGGACUUUGGAUUGAACAGACAAAUACCAGAGGGAAAGUUACACUUCCUUCCGAAUCCAAUGCAAAAGACACACAUGUCUCAGUUAUUGAGACUGCCACCACGUACACAGUUAAAAUAACAAACACAACGCCCUCCUUGGAGAUAGAGGAAAUAGAAGGAACGGAUUGGUACAUGGCCAUUUAUGUUUAUACAACAGUAGUGAUAACCGGACUAGCUGUACUGAAAGGAUGGGUAGCAGGUGUGGUGAUGACAAAGGCUGCAGUAAACCUACACAACACGGCCGUAGGGAGAGUGAUAAGUGCCCCUUUGCAAUUCUUUGACGCAAAUCCACCGGGUAGACUACUUAACCGAUUCUCGCGAGACGUAGAGGAUGCCGAUGUAUACAUUCCUCACAUGAUGGAUAAUCUUCUUCAAGUACUGCUCUUGUUGGCUGCGUCCCUUGUCACUACAGCCUACAAUUUCCCUUUGUUCCUCAUCGCAGUCGUUCCAAUCGGAUGUUACUUCUUUGUUAUCAAAACCCUUGCAUCGAUCCCAAUCAUUAAUUCCAAACGACUUGAAAACGUGUUAAGGUCGCCACUGAUAAGUCACGUGACCACUUCAUGCAGCGGACUGAAUACAAUUGUUUCUUACGCUCAGGAAAACAACUUCAUCAAAGGAUGUCAACAAUACACAGACAUGACCACAGUUGGAAUGCUCCUGUUUGAUUCAAGCAUGAGGUGGAUGGGCUUGCGAUUGGACAUUGGGGGUUCUGUGAUUGCAAUUAUUACAACGAUCGUUGUGCUGUCCACCAAGGACGUCAUAUCUCCUGUUCUGGCAGCUUUGUCUCUGACCAUGUGUAUUAACAAUCUUGAAAUAGAAAAAGAGACUGGGAGUUUGCAAGUAAACGAAAAAUGGCCAAGUGAAGGGAGAAUAAUGUUUUCUAAUGUGGAGAUGAAAUAUCGCAUUGACAUGGAUCCCGUACUCAAAAACAUCAGCUUCGAUAUUCUUUCCAAGCAAAAAGUUGGCAUAGUCGGCCGCACAGGAGCAGGGAAAUCAUCCUUGGCCGCUGCGCUGUUUAGAUUGACUGAUCUAUCGGAAGGUCACGUGUUCAUUGAUGACGUCGAAAUUGGAAGUGUAUCUCGGAAAUUACUACGUUCAAAUUUGUCCUCCAUUCCGCAGGACCCGGUUCUUUUUGCUGGUUCACUAAGGUAUAAUUUGGAUCCAUUUAAUCACUAUUCAGAUGACAAGAUAUGGGCCGCCCUGGAACAGGUCCAUAUGAAGGAAAAGAUAAAACUUCUUGACCAGACUCUUGACUUAUACAUCGCGGAAAAUGGAGAAAACUUUUCUGUUGGCGAACGACAACUUAUUUGUUUGGCACGUGCAAUUUUACGUGAAAACAAGAUCCUGGUUUUGGACGAAGCCACGGCGUCCAUCGAUACUGCCACAGACGCCAUGAUCCAGGAAACAGUCCGGGACAGCUUCUCCGACUGUACCGUCCUUACUAUCGCCCACAGACUACACACUGUCUUACACUGUGACGUCAUACUCGUUAUGGAUGCCGGACGAGUACUAGAAAUGGGCAAUCCACAGGACUUGUUACAGAGUCCUUGCUCGCAUUUCAAUAAAAUGAUUCGCGCGCAAACUGUACUGUCACCGGACGCUUAGCAUUCAUCUUAAAGAGGUGUUUUGGGUUUAUUGUAUGUGAAAACAAAUUGUAACUUUUGGAAUAUUAAUCAAAAUUUGGUUUAAAUAGUGUCCUUCAAUUGUUGCAAGGAAACGUGAAUGUGUUGUAACUGUAAGUCAUUUCUCAAAAACAAGGGAGCAUGGGCUCGAUUUUGUGAUUCCUACAUUUUAUUAUCAACUUAAUUAGGGUGACACAUAUAUAUAAACAUUUCAGUCAAGCUUCAAAUUUGUUAUUAUCAUCUGUUACAAUUUAUAAAAUAAUGAAAUAACAAAUACAAACACAUCGUAAAAUUAUCAGAACACUUUUGUACUACGUAAAGAAA